GAGUGGCUUUUCGCCGCUUCCGGGGCCCGGCGCCCGCGGGAGGAAGACGGUGUUCUUGGAGACGCGGCGGGCCGGGCCGAGCCAGCAGCACCCCCGGCGGUCGCCUUCUUCGCCUCUCGGGUGUUUUAUUUUAGUGUUGACGUUUGGUUUACAGUUGCAGUACGCUUAAGAUUGAUUUCUAAAGAUAUGGUUUUCAUCCAGCUUCAUCAACGCACAUAAAUUUUCUCCUUUUUGGACUCUUGUUUUAUAUCACAAUGCAACAAGCUUUAGAACUGGCUUUGGAUCGUGCAGAGUAUGUCAUUGAAAGUGCCCGGCAGAGACCUCCUAAAAGGAAAUACCUAUCUAGUGGAAGAAAAUCUAUAUUUCAAAAACUUUAUGACUUAUAUAUUGAAGAAUGUGAAAAAGAGCCUGAGGUUAAGCAGAAAUUAAGAAGAAAUGUGAACUUAUUAGAGAAGCUUGUUAUGCAAGAGACAUUGUCAUGUUUAGUCGUCAACCUGUACCCAGGAAAUGAGGGAUAUUCUCUGAUGCUCAGGGGAAAAAAUGGAUCAGAUUCUGAGACCAUUCGACUGCCUUAUGAAGAAGGAGAAUUGCUUGAAUACUUGGAUGCAGAAGAAUUACCUCCAAUUUUGGUUGAUCUCCUAGAAAAAUCUCAGGUUAAUAUUUUUCAUUGUGGAUGUGUCAUAGCAGAAAUACGUGACUAUAGGCAGUCCAGUAACAUGAAAUCUCCUGGUUACCAAAGUAGACACAUUCUGUUACGUCCAACAAUGCAGACUUUAAUCUGUGAUGUACAUUCAAUAACAAGUGAUAACCAUAAGUGGACCCAGGAAGACAAACUUUUGCUUGAGAGCCAACUGAUUCUGGCUACAGCAGAACCACUGUGUCUUGAUCCUUCCAUAGCUGUAGCCUGCACUGCAAACAGACUGCUCUAUAACAGGCAAAAGAUGAACACGCGCCCGAUGAAACGAUGUUUCAAGAGAUAUUCCAGGUCCUCUCUGAAUCGGCAACAGGAUCUGUCCCAUUGUCCACCUCCUCCUCAGCUAAAAUUACUUGAUUUCUUACAAAAAAGAAAGGAAAGAAAAGCAGGUCAGCAUUAUGACCUCAAAAUUUCUAAAGCAGGAAAUUGUGUAGAUAUGUGGAAACGGAGUCCCUGUAAUUUGGCUGUACCUUCUGAGGUGGAUGUGGAAAAAUAUGCCAAAGUAGAAAAAUCUAUCAAGUCUGAUGACUCACAACCAACAGUCUGGCCAGCCCAUGAUGUAAAAGAUGAUUAUAUAUUUGAAUGUGAAGCUGGUAAUCAAUAUCAGAAAACAAAGCUGACCAUUUUGCAGUCACUUGGUGAUCCACUUUACUAUGGUAAAAUCCAGCCAUGUAAAGAAGAUGAGGAGAGUGACAGUCCGAUGUCGCCAUCCCACUUCUCCACAGAUGAUCAUUCAAAUUGGUUUGUUAUUGGAUCAAAGACUGAUGCUGAGAGAGUAGUCAAUCAGUACCAGGAAUUGGUCCAGAAUGAAGCCAAAUGUCCAGUGAAGAUGUCGCAUAGCUCCAGUGGCUCAGCCAGCUUGAGUCAGCUUUCUCCAGGGAGAGAAACAGAACAGCCUGAGACCGUGUCAGUUCAGUCUUCAGUAUUGGGGAAGGGAGUGAAACAUCGACCUCCACCCAUCAAACUUCCCUCAGCCUCAGGAAAUAGUUCCUCAGGUAACUAUUUUACACCACAACAGGCCAGCAGCUUUCUUAAAUCUCCAACUCCUCCUCCUGCUUCUAAGCCACCAAGUCUUUCUCGGAAGUCAUCCGUGGAUGUUAAUCAAGUUAGCAUGCUUUCUCCAGCUGCCCUAUCACCUGCCAGUUCAUCACAAAGAUCUGGAACUCCUAAGCCAUCUACUCCUACACCAACCCCUUCAUCGACCCCACACCCUCCUGAUGCUCAGAGCUCAACUCCUAUUACCCCUUCAGCUACCCCUACUCCCCAAGAUUCAGGCUUCACCCCUCAGCCCACUUUGUUAACUCAGUUUGCUCAGCAGCAAAAGUCUCUGAGCCAGGCAAUGCCUGUAACGACCAUUCCUCUUUCCACCAUGGUAACAUCUAUAACUACAGGAACCACAGCCACCCAGGUCAUGGCAAACUCUGCUGGACUUAACUUCAUCAAUGUAGUGGGCUCUGUUUGCGGAGCUCAAGCUUUGAUGAGUGGUUCAAACCCUAUGCUGGGCUGUAACACUGGUGCCGUAACUCCUGCAGGAAUAAACCUGAGCGGCCUUCUGCCCUCAGGAGGUCUGCUACCAAAUGCAUUGCCGGGUGCAAUGCAGUCAGCCUCUCAAGCAGGUGUUCCAUUUGGUUUAAAAAAUACUUCAAGUCUCAGGCCCUUAAAUCUACUCCAGCUCCCAGGCGGCUCGCUCAUCUUUAACACUCUGCAGCAGCAGCAGCAGCAGCUGUCCCAGUUUACACAGCAGCCCCAGCAGCCCCAGCAACCCGCAACUUCUAGUCCCCAACAGCCUGGGGAGCAGGGUUCUGAACAAAGUUUGACCAGUCAGGAACAAGCCUUAUCUGCUCAACACGCUGCAGUUAUUAACCUUGCCGGAGUAGGAAGUUUUAUGCAUUCACAGGCAGCUGUGUUGUCUCAGCUUGGCUCUGCCGAGAACAGACCUGAGCAAAGCCUUCCUCAGCAGAGACUCCAGCUCUCCUCUGCCUUUCAACAGCAGCAGCAACAGAUCCAACAGUUACGAUUCUUGCAGCAUCAAAUGGCUAUGGCAGCAGCAGCAGCACAAACAGCUCAGCUACAUCGUCAUCGGCAUACAGGCAGCCAGUCAAAAAGUAAAAUGAAGAGAGGCACGCCAACCACUCCAAAAUUCUGAGUCUUGAAUAGUUUUUCUUUUCAAAAACAUAAGAGCAUUGAAUCAAAAGGAUUCGGAGUUUCUACUUCAUUUUUGUUUUUUAAAAAUGUGUCAGUAUUUUACAUUGCUAGAUAUACAAACUUUAUACAGAAGUUUGAUUUUUAAAUAAAAACAAAUAAUUUUUAAAUAAAAACAGGGAAAUGGUUUAACAAACCAUUAGGGUUGGUUUGCCUAAGUCAUUGUUUUUUAAAAAUGGUUUCACUGUACAUAAUACAGAAGUGACCUGAGAAAUACUAGAAACAUCUUUCAAAAAACUGUAGUUUGGUAUUUAUUUAGUAUAAAAGGUUUGUGCACAGUGUAACAAAUACAGUUUUUACAAAUCUGUUUUGAAAA